GACCCACCCCCCUCAGUCUCCCGAAGUGCUAGGAUUACAGGCAUGAGCCGCCACGCCCGGCCGUACCAGGGUUUUCUAUUGAGUUUAUUGCUAAGGGUGACUUCCAAUAACAACCCCCUGCACUUUUCUCAGGACUGGAAAGCUCAGGCAGCCCAGGGUGAAUAAAAGCCUGAGUAGUGCAGUCAGCACAGAAGGGCAGGGUGGCCACAAGAUGGGCAGCAGCAGGGAUGGGCAUUGUGAGGCCUUGGGUGGGGCUGUGGGGCUGGACAUUGUGAGUCACUAGCCUGACCUGGCUGUUUCCUGGUAACCAGGUGACAUAGGAAGCUUUGUGGGUUAUAGACAUCAGCCAGGGCCAGCAGCCCUCAGUCGGUAGCUAGGAGGAGGAGGAGGAGGAGCUCCGACUGUGCUGUGUCCCAGCAGUUUUUGUGCCUCUCGGCACUUGUCAUGUUCGUUUGUUUUUCAGAGAAGACAGCAGGUCCCUGACCUCAUAGACCAGCCACUUUAGGAGGUGGCAGUAAAGUAAGGGCUGAGGCCCCAGAUCUGCCUGGAGUCAGGCUGCUUCUACAAGUGCUGUGCCAGCCUCAGUAGUGUGGCUGCUCGGGCAGCGCCGUUUCAGUUUCAUCAAAGGCUCAGGCAGGAGUGAAUUGUGGGUGCCCCAUGGGGUGUAUACUGACCUGUUGUAUCGACUCCAGCUGUGGCUGGUGCAGGGGGGAGGAGGAAACCUGUUAUGAAUCUGAUAUUUAUGAGGCUGUGGCUGCUGCAACAUCAAAAUCCACUACUGUAGAGCCUGGCAAGCUGGAUGUGGGAGCCACCAAGGGCCGCGACCUGCAGCACAUCAGCAACCAAAAGAUGCCCACAGGUCCCCCUGAGGACAGCCUGAGUUUAAAAUCUCUACCACCAAGUGAGGAAGACAAUGAUGAUGCCCAGAUUUUACCAUCACGUGUGCAGGGUUCUUCUGAGGACAACCUGAGUUUAGUAAGCCUACCACGAAGUGAAGAUGAUGAUUUGGAUGAUUUGGAUGAUGAUGAUGAUGCCCAGAUUUUACCAUUGCCUGACCAGGCUCGUCCUGAGGACGACCUGUUUUUAAGAUGCUCACCACAACAUAAAGAUGAAGAUGAUAAUGAUGAUGGUGAUGUCCAGAUAACAGCUUGGCUUAAAGAAAGAGACUUGACGCUGGAGAGUAUAAGUGAUGAGGAAACUCAUCCAGGUAGGGAACUACGUGCCAGGAAAAACCCAAUGGGAAAAGGUUCCCAGGAGCCUCCAGGUUAUCCCUGCUGCUUGUGAGGAGGGGCUGAAGGAGGGGGUAUGAAAUCAGAAAGAAAAUGGAAAUAUGUGUGAGGUCUGGCUUGUUGUUUCCAGAGUUUCUUGGCAUCAUGGUAAGAACUGUCUCUAUAGGCUGUGGGGGUGCCGCGUUCAUGAGAGAUUCUCUUUGCAGUCCACCUGCUCUUUUCUGCCUGUGUAACAUCAGAUCCUUUGGUUUGGAUUAGUCAGCACUCCUAGGGAUUGUGCACAAGGGGUGCAGGCUUAAGCACUGGGUGUCAUCUGUGAUGAAGGGAAUCUGGGGGACACAGCUCUCUCACAGGCAUUUCCUGGAACCUAGAGACACAGUUCUUCUGCUGUGUGCCAAGGAGAAAUCGAGAAUCACCCUCUGAGCUUUCAGGACUUGUUAGUGCACAUUCAUGUUUCUGUCCUUGCUGUGUGCUCCUGGUUUGAAGGGAUCUCCCGGGGUGGAUGGGGGACUGAAUAUUCACUCUGGGCUCACUGGUAAAACUCCAGUCUCCUUUGAAUGGAGAAAAGUUUGACCUUGAGCACAUUUCCAACCUCCACUUCCCAAUCCAGUCACAGAUUCUGAGAUAAGGCUUCUUUCUCCCCAGUUCUCUAAUUUUUGGGUAAGCCAAGAGUUCCUUCCCACAAAAGAUAGUAUCACAUUAUUUCCUGUUUUCAAAGAUUUGGCUUUGGUUUUGUUCUCUGAGUUGAUAUUCAUCACUUAAGUUCUAGACUUUUUCUCUUUCUUUCUUUCUUUCUUUUUUUUUUUAGCUGGAGUCUCGUUCUGUCCCCCAGGCUGGAGUGCAGUGGCUUGCUUACUGCAAGCUCUGCCUCCCGGGUUCACGCCAUUCUCCUUCCUUAGCCUCCCAAGUAGCUGGGACUACAGGUAUCCACCACCAUGCUUCGCUAAUUUUUUGUAUUUUUGGUAGAGAAAGAGUUUCACCAUGUUGGCCAGCCUGGUCACGAACCCCUGACCUCAGGCAAUCUGCCCGCGUCAGCCUCCCAAAGUGCUCAGAUUAUAGGCAUGAGCCACUGUGCCUGGCCAGAGUUAUUUUUAAUAUAAUUGUGUCUAUCUCAAGUAAUUGUGCUUUGAGUAUUUUUGUCAAUGGCUUUGGAACAACACCAGCACUCACUUCGGUGGAGUAGACUGUUAGAAGGAGGCAUAUCUUUCAUUGUCAUAAAUAAUGCCAAAUUUUUUCCAAAAUGAUGACACCAAUUCAUGCUCCUCUAACAUCAUAUGUGAAUAGCCGUUUCUCCAAAUCCUCGUGGACUCUUAGUUUUAUCUCUUUCUAAAGAUUCCAUCACUGUGGUUAGUCUUUCAUUUGUAUAACAUAUUACUUAAAAUCUUUACCAAAAAGAAAUGUUGUUUGACUCUAAUGAUGCAGCGCAGUAGGUUUGUUUACACCGCCUCACCACAGACACGUAAGUAACGCACUGCGCCGACAUUCCAACAGUUACGACUUUACUAGGCAAAGGGAAAUUUUCAGCUUUGUUAUAAUCUUAUGGGACCACUGUCAUACAUGUGGUCUGUCAUUGACCAAAAUGUCAUUCUGCCACAUAUGACUGUAGUUAAUAAGCAGGUGCUUAAGUUAUAAGAAUGAACAUAAUAACAGAUAUAAAUUGAGUAUCAGAUACUAUAUGGGCACUUCUCUAUGUUGCCUCCUUGAAGUGUCACAAUCACUUUGAGACAGAAUUAGUUUUGUUAUAGUCAUUAUACAGAUGAGGAAUGUGAGUCUCAGUUAAGUAAAUUACUCAGGAGACACACCAAGAGCUGGAUCUCUUUAACACCAAAGGCUAAUCUAGAAACUAACACACUACACCGCCUGUAGUGGCAAAGUAAACUUACCAUAAAAUGAAAUGUGCUUCCACAGCUGGGUGUGUGAGCUUAGUGAGGCUGGUGUUCCCCAUUGCCCCAUGGCUCAGAAAUUGGUCUUGCUGAAACUCGGAUGGAGAAGCUCUUGGCUCAGGGAGUGAAAAGUUACUGACAGGUUGUAUGAGUGCAAUUGAAGGAUUAUGCUUCCAUAGAGCAUGUGGUUGUUCUGAUGGAAUGAGAACAGAGAGAAUCAAAGAGAAUCACCCAGAGCAAGACUCCAUCUCAAAAAAAAAAAAAAAAAAAAGUCCAUCGAAUAGUUAAAAAUUAGAUACAGUUAACCAAACUGGGUCUUACUGUGUAAAAAAAAAUGUGCUUUUCGACAGUGAUAGAAAGGAAGAAAAAGUAGUUGAUGUGUUCUGUGUGGGACUGUGGAAUAAACUGCUUUUAAAUCUAAUUUUGUAUGAAGUUCUUUAGGCAAUAAGUAAAAAUGGAAGGGAAACCUGAUGGCAGAGAGCAGCCAGGACCAGAGUUGUCUGUGGAUGCAGAGUCUGUGGUGGAGCCUGGAAUGCACCAAAGACCACGAGUCCCUGCGGGCAGUCAGUUCAGUGACAGCACCACUCAUUUUCUGAUCGGCAGGCACCCCAGUAGCACAUGGAGAGAACAGGGAGGCCUAAGAUGAGUCUGGGCCAUGGAAGGUCUCCAGUGAGGGGAUCGUGGAAGAUGUGAAAAGCAUCCUGGAGGGGAAGGUAGCCCUGCAGCUUAGCGGUCCAGUUUCCCUCACUGAUCUGACUUGGUAUAGCAUAGAGGUGCUCACAGAGCAGCCUCCAGUAUCCUCCCACUUCCCUAAAGGCUUAAACUCACCAAGGUGUGUAUCAGUUUCUAAAAGAGCACAAUAGCACGUUACUGAACAACUAAAAUUGCAGAGAAGUGGCCUUGUUUCCUGGAAGUGUUUCAGGGAGGGGAGGUGGUGAGGCUCCACUGGGGAAAUGCUCAUGGCCAAAGAAAGAUGAGGCCUGAGGACCGGCAGUUGGGCUCAGCCACAUGGAGACCACGUGGUGCCCUUCAAGAGCAAUCUGGUGGUGUGGUGCUGGGGAGGGGAGAGGGCCAGGGCCACAGAGCCUGUGCAGAGAUUCAGAACCAGAGGGCUCCUCAGAACGGACACAGGAGAUGGUCUGUAAGGACCUGUCCCACUCCAAUGAGGGCAUGAGGGGCAGAGAGGGAGGAAAGGAGCCCCACAUAGGAGGAUGCCUAGGGUGGGGAAGCAGGUCUCGAAAGAGCUAGGUUUCAGUCCAAGCAAGAAAGGGAAGAAUGUUCCAGGGAGAUGCUGAGGCCCUGGGGCCUCCAGAGGGCUUGGAAAAAAGGUUUCAGCAGAUGGGGUCAGAAAAGGAGUAUUCAAGGCCAUGAAGGGGAGGUGACCUGAGCUUCUUGCAGCCCCUGAUGCAAACAGGGAUAAAGGACAUAAUGAGAUUAGUCCUGAGUCUGAGGCAGAGAGCGGUGAGGAGGCUGUGAGUUUGGAAUGGGAAGGAAGGGCCUGGCUGGGAGAAGGCAGAGUUCUGGGACCUCUACAGUCCUUCCAGGGAAGAUCAGAGCCCAGAGAGGCCCAGGGCUUCCUCUUAACACUUGCCCAAACCGGUGUACCCCUGGUCAGGGGGUGCUGUGUAGACUGCUGUGGAGUGAGGGAGCAGCUUCUCCUGGGCAUAGGACCCCGGGCACCUGCAGGAUGCAGGGUUCCAGGCUCUCUCAGAUGCCUGCUGAUGCGUCUCCUCUGAGGGUUUGUAAACUGGCUUCUUGGGUACCCACAAUGUACAAGGCACUUAUUUUCAGUAUGAUGCACCUGGCACUGCCAAAAUCAUACUCAUUUAGGAUAGACACAAUUACUAGCUAGGAAAACUGAGGCACUGAGCAGUUAAUCAACUUGCCCCAGGCUCCAUAGAUAAACAGUCAGUAUAGAGCUGGGGUCUCAACACAGCUGGCUCCCUCCAUAGUGUGGGCUUAUAGCCACUGGCUGUCCCACUACCCUUGUCCAGGCACGGCUCUCUGGGGUGGCAGUGUGUGCCUUUGGGCUACAGUUGAAUGACCAGUUGCCUCUUCCAGGCUGGCUCCCAUACCUCUCCUGGCAACAGCUUCUUAAAUCCCAGAAACUGAAAACAGUGUGGUAAAUGGGCCUUGGAGAAUGGAGGCAAGGGUGUGGUGCUCAGCACUUCUAGGUCACAACAUAGUCUGUGUUCCUGGCCCUCCCCUUGUAACAGAGGCACCUCCAUCCCUGGCUGAUGAGUUCCUGCAUCUCUAAUUUCUCCUCAGCCUGGACUGCAGAGGUAGGAGCCCAGGAGAUGCUGGGGUGGUGGCUGCUUAGUGGGAUGAUGUCAUAGUGCACAAAGCUGGGAGCCUGCUCUCACUGAAAAGGGAUUGUCUCUUCUUCAUCCAGGGUGAAGCCCUCCCAGGAGCUGACCAGGGAGCUGACCUAAAGGGCAGGCCAGCACGUGCUACAGGGACAUCUGAGAGAGGCUCAAGCUCUGCAGUCAGGUGUUUUCCAUGGAUUCCUAGGCUCCCCUCCUGGACAGCACCAGGAAUGUGCCUUCCAGGUGGGGCUUCAGGCCAGCCUGGGGGCGUGGUUGGGUGACUUUGGAGAAUGCAGCUCUUUGCUGGGAAGAUCUUAAGGAGGAAACCAGAACCUCUCCCUGUCCUGAGCUCUCAUCCUUGGGGGAGCCUUUUAGGACAGAGUCAUUCUCAGUCAUAAGAACCUGCAUCGGGUUUCACCUUUUGCCUUCCUUCCUGCCACCCAGGGUAGGGAAAGGGCAGACCUGGCUGAGCAGAACCACACCCAGCCACACCCCAUGGGUCAAUCACUGGAGCUUCUGAAACCUGGGUGAUGCCUGGUGCAGCUGCGUUCCUUCCUUCCCCCAGCCCAAGUUCCUGCCCCCAGCUUUGCCCCUGGAGGUCUCCGUCCUCUCUACAUGCUGAGGAAAACUCUUGGCCCCAGCAGAGAGUGAAACUCCAAGGCCAUCUCCCACCCACCCCAGCACUGGGUUUGGCCUGUUCCAUCCAGGACCUGGUGCUUCUGGGCCUGGCAUUUUGGCUUUGGCAAGAGAGUGAGAAGAGAUAUGAGCAUGCUCCCGUAACAGAAAGUGCCAUUCGAACUUGAAAUAAAGAGACUGAGUGCAUUGA